UAUAAUAAGAUAAGGUUAACAAAUGUGAUGAUUAAAAUGGACUAUUUUUUACGGUUGAAUUGUCGUAGUGGAGUACCGGAAAGUUGUGGUUUCAAGUUGACCGCCACAAAUCAGGUGGGAUUAUUGAUCCUAGAAGAGCAUUCAUGCUGAUUCGUGCUUUGACUGUCGUCCAACUUACGUCGUGUAUGGCGUCAUUAUUUUAUUCUAUGAAACUAUAUCAAUUUAUAAGAGUUUUCAGCGUCUUUAUUAUUUAAAGUGGUUCUUCGAAAAUAAUCAAAAAAUUUUGAUGUUUGAUUUUUGCUGUGCGUGUUUGUGUUAUUUAUUAGAUAAAAAUUUCAAAAAGCUAUUGUAGAAAUUUAUACGCAUACAGCGGACUGCAGUCAAGCAGAAUUUGAAGAUGAAAUAAAUAAACAAAUGACUUAUAAUUAUUAAAACUAAAAAAAUUAUCAAUUAUCUAUGGAUUAAAAUUAACUAUUAGCAUUUUAAUAUUGAAAUAGUAAUUUUAUAUUUAAAAUAACGAAAAUUAAUAAUUGAUGAAUACAUAUGUUUGUCAUAAAAUGUCAGUAUUUUUUAAUGAUUACAUGAAAUGAACAAAAAAAGAGUCUGUGUAAGUUGUCAAUACACAGAUAUGUAUCCAGGUUAAUGUAUAAAUGGAUGAUUAGCUAUUUAUCUAUUUAAAUUAUACAGAUUAUAAAACAAUGAGCGGCAGUUUUGAAUGGAAUAUAUGCCAAAAGCUUUAGUGUUAUUACUGUUUUCUACUAUCACAUAAAAGAAUCAUAAACAUGGAACGAAAAAAAUAGCAGUGAGUGUUUUAUAUAUUAAGAAGAAAAAAGUUUAAUCACAACGAGAUGCCCCUAUCAAUUCUUUUGAAAAAAGCUAGCAGCUACAUAUUGGGUGAUAGUAGCUCAAAUAGUCAAAAUGUUAUUUACCAGGAUGGAGAAGCUCUUUUUUGUAAAAAUAAUGUUUGUGUUCAUCCGCCGAGUUUAUUCAGACAAAAUUGUGAAAUAAUUCAUCAUCCUGGAUAUAUGACAGUAAUUUGUAGGCUUGAUAAAAAUACCAAUGUUCCCAGUCUUCAUUUAAGUUGGAUCCCGAACAGUACAUUAUGUAAGCAUCCUACAGCUUUGGAGAAUAUCAUUUUAAGAAAAGAUGUACCGGUGUCAGAAGGAACAUCGUUAAAUAAAAUAAAUGACGACGAGAGCUCAAUUAAUUCCGAAAAAAUCGAUGUUUGUUUGGAAGUUAAAGAACCCCUAGAUUGUAAAGAUUGUGAAAGAAUAUGUUCAGGUGGUUUAUUCAAUGAAGAAUCAUUGUCCGAUACUGAACAAUCAUGUAAAAAAAAUUUCAAUAAUCAAGAAUUAAAUAAGGUACAAAAUAAUGAAGAACCCAGUGAAUCUACUAUGGGAAAAAGAGUAUUUUCUACAAUAAUAAAAGAAAAAAUUGCCUCGUCUAAUGAUGAAUUGCGAGGAAUUAAUUUAAAUAAUUUAAAGUCAAGAUCACAUGAUCAAGGAUCAAUGGAGAGUCUUAAUUAUGGAAUUGAGCCAAAGAGUAUCAGUACUAUUUCUUUAAAUUCUUGCUGUAGUUUGUCUACUUCAUUUGAUCAUGAGUUACCAAAUUGGAUGAGAUCUCCAGAGUUAUUAGCUCAUCAGCAUAAUCUUACAUUUCCUGAAAGUACAACAGCAUCUCCUCUUGCCGUGAGAAGAGCACAUCAAUGUAGAAAAUUUUGCGUCGAUUUGGGACAAAUGCGAUCUCUUAGAUUGUUUUUUGCUGAUCCUGCUUGUACUAGUGGACAGCUUGUAGUAGCGAGUCGAGAAAGUCAAUAUAAAAUACUUCAUUUUCAUCAUGGGGGUUUGGAUAGACUUGCAACUAUUCUUCACCAAUGGCAUCAUUUGGUUUAUUCUAAACCAGAUCAAACAGCCGACUGCGAAGGGUCUUUACCUUAUCGACAUUUCAUGGUAUGUAGGCCGGAAAUAGCCAGGGACGAGCUGCAUCCUGAGGAAGGAAAAGUGCCCAUGAUAACCUCAUUAGCAUGGAAAGAUUUGUUAAAUGAAAGAGGACAAGUUGAAGAUGACCUUACACUUCGUAAAGGAAUAUUUUUUGGUGGUCUAGAACCUGCUUUAAGAAAAAUAGUAUGGCCUUUUCUUCUUCACUGUUACUCUUAUCAAACUACUUAUGAAGAUCGGGAACAAAUUGAUGCUAUACGACGUCGAGAAUAUCAAGAAAUAGAAAAUCUUCGAAGUAAUAUGAGUCCAGAACAAGCUGAAAAAUUUUGGAGAAACGUCGUUUGUAUUGUGGAAAAAGAUGUAGUUCGAACAGAUCGUGCUAAUCCAUAUUAUGCUGGAGAAAAUAACCCUAAUAUACAAGUAAUGAAAAAUAUUUUACUCAAUUACGCCGUCUACAAUGCUCAACUUGGUUAUACUCAGGGCAUGUCAGAUCUUCUUGCACCUCUGCUUGUUGAAUUAAAUUCAGAGAUUGAUGCUUUUUGGUGCUUUGCGGGUCUUAUGCAACGAUCUGUAGCUGUUUGUACACCAACGGAUAUGGAUAUGGAUAAGAAUUUAUGUUAUCUUAGAGAGUUAAUCAGGAUUAUGGUACCUGACUUUUAUGCACAUCUGGAAAAAUACACUGAUGCGCUUGAGCUUCUUUUUUGCCAUCGAUGGAUUCUAUUGUGCCUCAAGAGAGAGUUUCCAACAGAAAUGGCUCUAGUCAUGUGGGAAGCGUGCUGGGUCAAUUAUCUAACGGACUAUUUUCAUUUAUUUUUAUGUCUUGCAAUUAUAUGCAUUUACGCGGACGAUGUCAUAGCUCAGGAUUUACGAACGGAUGAAAUGCUGCUUCAUUUUAGUUCUCUUGCCAUGUAUAUGGAUGGUAAUGUAAUCCUACGUAAAGCUCGUGGAUUACUUCAUCAGUUUCGACAACUGGAUCGAUUACCCUGUACUUUAGCUGGUCUUUGUCGUCAAUGUGGUCCUGGAAUGUGGGAUAGCAGCCAUGAUCCUGUUAUCGAAUGCGUAGAACAUGAAGAUUCAGUGUGUCCUUAUAUAGAAAAUUAUCAAAAUGUCAAAUAUUAAAUUUUAUGGAGUAUA